CAAAGCUAUAUGUUGCAGUUUUUUUUCCUAGUUACAAAUGCUCAGUUAUGCGCCCUUUCUUGAACUCUAUGUAGUUUUGCAUGAGAGUGUAAUCUUUUCUCUUAGUUAAUUAUCAUCUAUCAUGAGUGGAAUCAUCAAGCUCCCAAAUGAUCUCAGAGGCCUCAUUUGGACAAGUUAUGUCUUUUCUAUGUUAGCUCUCUCUAGCUAAGGUUCAUGUUUGCAUUUCGUGUUUCACUUGCUACUCGGAAUAUAUAUAUGUGGCCUUGAUUCAUAGUCAUCAUCAAACUCUCAAAUGAACAUGGAGGCCUAAUUUAGACAACUUAUAUCCUUUUAUGUUAAGCUCUCUUUGGAUAAGGUUUGUGUUGCAUCUUGUGUUUCACUUGCUAUACAACAGGACCUAUGUACUACAAUGGAGUCUACCACUUGUUCUAUCAGUACAACCCAUAUGCUGCUGUGUGGGGAAACAUUUCAUGGGCACAUUCGGUUUCUUACAACCUCGUUGACUGGAUCCAUCUCGAGCCCGCCCUCAAUCCAACUGAGAGCUAUGACAUCAAUGGCUGCUGGUCUGGCUCAGCCACACUUCUUGCAGGGGAAGGGAAGCCUCUCAUUCUCUACACAGGCUCCGACUUUCUAGGCCAUCAAGUUCAAAACCUUGCAAUGCCUAAGGAUUUGUCUGAUCAGAGCAGGUCCUCACUGCAGACUCCGGUGAAAGAGGCGAUUUUCGGGUCGUUUCUUGAUGUGGAUCCUGAUCAAGAAAUCUCCCUUAGAACUCUGGUAGACCAUUCCAUAGUAGAGAGCUUUGGUGGGAGAGGUAAGAGCUGCAUCACUGCUAGGGUUUAUCCUAAGCUUGCCAUUUCUAAUAACUCUCACAUCUACGCGUUCAACUAUGGCGCGAAGAGCGUCGCGAUUUCGAGCCUCGUAGCGUGGAGCAUGAUGAGAGCUCAAAUCGCACAUUUUCACACGCGGAGAAAGUCAUCAAUCAGUUGAGAUUUUGUGUUAUGUCUCAUAUUUUUCUUAAUUUCGUCGUAAAUUUAUUAGAGAAUAUCAUCUGA